CGCCGCCGGGGCGUGCGAGGCGCCGGCCGGCGCGGGAAGGAAGCGGCGGCUCCCGCGGCGCUGGGCACGGCGCGGCCGCGCGGGCGGGCGAUAAAGCUGCCGGGGCCGCCGGGCCCCUCGCCUGCCCCUGCCGCCGCGCCGAGCCGCGGCCUCCGCCCGCCGCCGCCGCCCCCCGCUGCGGGCGAGGAGCCGCCGCCCGGCCCGGCCGCGGAUUAUGCCCGCGGAGCGGCAGCAGGAGCAGCAGCAGCAGCGGCGGGAGCGGGCCCGCUGCAGCGGCAGCAGCCGGAUGUCGACACAUGUGGACCACCGGUGACAUCCUUUUGCAGCAAUGCCGUCUUCGCUCCCUCCUGCGCUCAGAAGCAUCUAGAGAGAUUUUUUUUUGCAGAAGGGAUCCUCAAUGCAUUUGCUUACCAUUAUUUAAGGAGCCUUUACUAGAAGCUUUUGGAUUGUGUUUCUGAGUGGACAGAAGAUUUUGUGUUCAAAAUGCUCAUAAAGGAAUAUCGUAUUCCUCUUCCGAUGAGCGUGGAAGAAUAUCGCAUUGCCCAGCUGUACAUGAUACAGAAAAAGAGCAGAGAGGAGACAUGUGGGGAAGGCAGCGGAGUGGAGAUCCUGGAGAACAGGCCCUACAUGGACGGCCCGGGAGGCAACGGGCAGUAUACUCACAAAGUGUACCACAUUGGUAUGCACAUACCCAGCUGGUUUCGGUCCAUAUUGCCCAAGGCAGCGCUGCGCGUCGAAGAGGAAUCGUGGAACGCGUAUCCUUAUACGAGGACAAGGUAUACGUGUCCUUUUGUGGAGAAGUUCUCUAUUGAUAUUGAGACGUACUACAAAACUGACCCAGGAGAGCACGUCAACGUGUUCAACCUUUCUCCUGCAGAGAAAAGACAGACCAUUCUCGAUCCUAUUGAUAUUGUUAAAGAUCCUAUCCCUCCACAUGAAUACAAAGCUGAGGAGGAUCCAAAGCUGUAUAAAUCAAUGAAGACUAAAAGAGGCCCCCUCUCAGAAGACUGGAUUGAAGAAUACAAGAACAACCCUGGGAAAUACCCAAUCAUGUGUGCAUAUAAACUUUGUAAAGUCGAGUUCAGAUACUGGGGGAUGCAGUCCAAAAUCGAGCGGUUUAUCCAUGAUGUUGGCUUGCGGAAGGUCAUGGUCCGUGCCCAUCGGCAGGCCUGGUGCUGGCAGGAUGAGUGGUACGGGCUCACCAUUGAGGAUAUCCGGCAGCUGGAGAAGGAGGCGCAGUUGAUGCUGGCUCAGAAGAUGGCCCAGUUCUGCAGUGACAACGAUACCGAGCAGCACGGAGCCAAAGACACUCCUGGCGAGAAGGAUGUUGAAGUUGACACUGUUUCGCCCGUUGACACAGAGGAUGUCGCUAGUAACAGCGAAACAGCAUCCGGGAGGUCACUCACCAAGCAGUGGUCCACCUCUUCCAAGUCCUCACGAUCUUCAAAAAGAGGAGCAAGUCCCUCACGCCAUAGCAUCUCUGAGUGGAGGAUGCAGAGCAUUGCCAGAGACUCGGAUGACAGCUCAGACGAUGAAUUCUUCGAUGCACAUGAGGACUUGUCUGACAAUGAGGAAAUGUUCCCGAAAGAAAUAACCAAAUGGAGUUCCAAUGAUCUGAUGGAUAAAAUUGAAACCCCUGAAUGCGAUGAUGUCCAGGGCGACUUGUAUCAGGAGACGGCGGCGGAGUACCGCGUCGCCUCCAGCGUGGAGCGGCUCAGCAUCAUCGAGGAUGAAUCGGUGCAGCCAUUAAUGCAGCCAAGUAAAAUCCACGUCCUCCUCUUGGUCCUCCACGGAGGCAACAUCCUGGACUCGGGCAGUGGUGAUCAGAGCUCCAAACAAGGGGAUGUCAACACCAUCGCAACCGUGUUUGACACAGUGAUGAGGGUACAUUACCCAGCUGCCCUUGGACACAUUGCCAUCAAGCUAGUCCCUUGCCCAGCCAUCUGCUCUGAAGCCUUUUCGCUGGUGUCCAGCCUCAGCCCAUACAGUUACGAUGAAGGCUGCCUGUCCAACAGCCAGGACCACAUCCCGCUCGCCGCGCUCCCUCUGCUAGCGACGUCGUCCCCGCAGUACCAGGAAGCAGUGGCCGCGGUGAUCGCCAGAGCCAACCAGGCCUACAGCGAGUUCAUCCGAUCCCAGGAGGGCACGUCGUUCAACGGCCAGGUUUGCUUGGUAGGGGACUGUGUCGGAGGCAUUCUGGGGUUUGAUGCCUUAUGCUACAGCAAUCAAACUGUGUCGGAGAGCCAGAACAGCAGCCGGCGAGGAAGUGUUGUGAGCGUCCAGGAUACCGAUCUCCUGUCUCCUGGAAUAACAGUGAACAAUAGCUAUUGUUCCAGCGGCUCUAAUCUGGAAGGCAGCAGACACCUCAGCAGGAGCAACAUUGAUAUUCCUCGUAGCAACGGAGAGGAUCCAAAGAAGCAGCUGCCACGCAAAAGGAGUGAUUCAUCAACCUACGAACUGGACACAAUAAAGCAGCAUCAGGCCUUUCUUUCAAGUUUACAUUCCAGCGUUCUGAGAAACGACCCGGGAUCCAGGCGAUCUAGCAGCUCCACGAUGUUGGAUGGAGGAAAUAUUGGAAAGUUUGAAUUUGAGAUCACGGACUUCUUCCUCUUCGGUUCUCCCCUGGGGCUGGUUCUUGCGCUGCGAAAAACUGUCAUCCCAGCUCUUGACAUCUUUCAGCUGAGACCAGCUUGUCAGCAAGUCUAUAACCUGUUCCACCCCGCAGACCCGUCCGCUUCCCGCCUCGAGCCUCUGUUGGAGAGGAAGUUCUACCUGUUGCCCCCCUUUAACAUCCCCCGCUACCAGAGGUUCCCGCUGGGGGACGGCAAUUCUGCUGUGCUGGUUGAGACAAUCCAGAACAAUCCCAUCCUGCUCAUGGAAAGCAGCCCUUUGGGUGCUCUCCAGCACCAGGACAGCUUCAUGGAAACCAGUAUUCCCGUUCCCGUUCUGAAUUGGCAAGAUGUUUCCAAUAAAAGCGCUGGUUUUGCUGAGUCAGAUGUUGUUCAGUCUCAUGGUGCCGUCUUCAUGGAAAGCGCGUCCCUGUCCACCCCCCUGUCCGCCCCUCAGUUCAGGGGCUUCCGGCGAGCCAGUGAGAUCAGCAUUGCCAGCCAGGUCUCGGGAAUGGCAGACAGUUACACUGCUUCCAACAUAGCCAACAAAACCAAAUACCACCUUAAUCAUUGCAGAGGGUUUAGCCUUCUGGCCCAACUUGCCCUCCCUCACAAAUCCCCCACCCAGACCUCGUCCAAGAGACGUAGGCAGCGUAAGCGUGAAAUCCCUCCGAGUCGCUUAGGAAGGAAGCUCGCAGGGCCGUCGAGGCAGGAUCCGGGCCGCGCUCUUCGGAUACCCGACCUGGACGUCAAGAAAGUUGCUGCCAGGUGGUGGGGAACCAAAAGGAUCGACUACGCGCUUUACUGUCCCGACGCUCUGACGGCUUUUCCCACCGUCGCCCUGCCGCACCUCUUCCACGCGAGCUACUGGGAAUCCACGGACGUCGUCUCCUUCCUGCUGAGACAGGUGAUGAGGCACGAGAACAGCAGCGUCCUGGAGCUGGACGGGAAGGAGGUGUCCGUCUUCACCCCCUCCAAGCCCCGGGAGAAGUGGCUCCGCAAGAGGACGCACGUGAAGCUGCGGAACGUCACAGCCAACCACAGGAUAAACGACACCAUCGCUAACGAAGACGGGCCCCAGACCUUAACUGGAAGGUUUAUGUACGGUCCACUGGAUAUGGUCACGCUCACGGGGGAAAAGGUGGACAUUCACAUCAUGACCCAGCCGCCAUCCGGAGAGUGGGUUUACUUUGACACCGAGAUCAGCAACAGCAGCGGCAGGAUUUCUUACGUCAUCCCUGAGAGCAGGCGCUUGGGCAUUGGCGUGUACCCCGUCAAGAUGGUGGUCAGGGGUGACCACACGUACGCAGACAGCUACAUCACGGUCCUGCCGAAGGGGACGGAGUUCGUGGUGUUCAGCAUCGACGGCUCCUUUGCAGCCAGCGUGUCCAUCAUGGGCAGCGACCCCAAAGUCCGCGCCGGAGCAGUCGACGUUGUAAGGCACUGGCAAGACCUCGGCUACCUCAUAAUCUACGUCACGGGCCGCCCCGACAUGCAGAAGCAGCGGGUGGUCGCGUGGUUAGCACAGCACAACUUUCCCCACGGGAUCGUCUCGUUCUGCGACGGGCUCGUGCACGACCCGCUGCGGCACAAGGCCAACUUCCUGAAAUCCCUCAUCACGGACCUCCACAUGAAGAUCCACGCGGCGUACGGCUCGACUAAGGACAUCUCCGUGUACAGCUCCAUCAGCCUCCCGCCCACGCACAUCUACAUCGUUGGCCGACCCACCAAGAAGCUGCAGAGCCAGUGUCAGUUCAUCACGGAGGGGUACGCGGCCCACCUGGCGCAGCUGGAGUACAACCACCGCUCGCGCCCCGCCAAGAACACCACGCGCAUGGCGCUGCGGAAAGGCAGCUUCGGGCUGCCCGGCCAGGCCGAGUUCCUGCGCAAGAGGAAUCACCUGCUGCGGACCAUCUCCUCGCAGCCGCCGGGCGCCGGCCACCGCCCCGAGCGCACCCAGAGCCAGUCCGACAGCGACAGGGAGAGGGACAGGGAGCGCAGCCAAAGAAGCAUGAGCAUCGCCACGGGGUGCUGGGGCCGGAGCGCGGCGUCCCGGCUGGAGUCCGGCCUCUUGGGGCAGAAAUAGCCAGGCCGGAGCCAGCGACUGUCGGCUGUAGCAACCGGAGGAGAAAACAAAAGAGGGACGAGGCCGGCGUUACGGGCUGGAAGGGUAAAUAUGGUGCUACUCUAAUAACAUCGUGGUAUUGCAGGAGAUGGGAUGUCUCCGACGCGCGACGUGCAGGCCUUGCAGCGGGAGCGGCGGGCGCGGGCAGCAGGAGCCCGAGGAACAGCGGGGAACUGGGGGGGAAAGUCUCCAGGUCAAGAUCGCGCGCUCUCCUGCCUCCUUCUCUUAUCCAGGUUUAGUGACUGUAAAUACGUGCCUCCUCGCCUUGUUAGCCAUCGCUCCGACACGCGUGACCGAGUGCCGUCCUCAGAGCCGCGGGAACAGGGGCUGAGGCUGGGGAACUUGUUCUUGGUGGUCCCGGGAGUCAGACCGAGGGGCUCUGCCGGGCCGGCGCGGGGGCUUGGGGUUCGAUACGCGCGCGGUUUCCCGACACGGGCAGCCCCAGGCGAGGGGUGUGUCGCGAGCUGUGCCAGGCAGAGCAACCACGAGCUUUACCUGUUCAGAGAGCUUCAAGUUCAGCCACUUUCUCGAGGAGUACGUGCAGCGGCAAAGCAUAACGGUAUGUCGAUGCUGUUGGUAGGGCAGAACAUCAGCAGAUUCACGCCCAAGAAAGUGGGGUCGUUAUUGUUAUUACUGUUAUUUUUUUAAAGAGACAUUUUAGGAGCCGAUGGAAUUGCAUUGACCUAUGAAAAGAAGGAUACAAGCUAUUUUGUUUGAGCUGUAACAAACCUCAGACAUGUAAUUUACUGUCUGUUGAAGUCUCCAAAUAUUAUUGCUAUAUAUUAUUUCCAGAAGUAACCACCAUGUAUUUGCGAGCGGCUGAAGGCACUCAGCAGCCAGAUUGCAUUACAGUUCUCAUCCAGAUGCAGGGUCUGACUCUCUCAACACCCACCUCGGAAACGUUUUCUUCUUCCCAGGUUAUCUCCAAGUUCAGUAGCAGCUUUCAUGGGAAUUAGACUCGCUUCUUUUACCUGUAGUAGUUACUGAACUGUAAAACCUCAUUGUUUUUUGCACUGAUAAUUUUUAGAAUGGAAACCUGUUACCAUCUCAUGUAGCUACACCUAACCGUUUGUAGUGCAUGACAAAGAAAUAUUGCUAAGCCAGGGUGUGUAUGUGUAUAUACACACACAUAUAUAUGUAGUAUAUAUAUACACAUAUAUAUAUAUAAAAACAUUUUCUGUGCAGAAGUUUUUGCAGCAGUAAGGAGGCUGUAAGGAAGUGUGCCAGCAAAGCCGGGCAAGCUUAAGAAAAGGCCAUAUCUCAAUUUUCCCGGUGCGUUUGCAGCGGCUGUGCCCGAGCUGGCGGUCGGCGUGCAGGGCGAGGCGCUCGCUGCUUUCCAGCACCCCCUGGUGACACCGGCGCCUCUCCGGUGUCCAGUGCGGCAGCGGGAGCGCGUCCCCGCCGGAGCCGGGGCUCGCCGGAGCGGCGAGGGGCCCGCUGCCACCCCGCACGCCCCCCGGGCCAUGGGGACGUCCACCUUGGCGGUCCCGUUUGCAGGCUCCCAUCAGCCUCUUCCCGUGAUUUUAUAGUCCUACCGAGCUCCCUGACUUAGUGCUUUCCUCCACCACGGUAUCCUGUCUUUAUAUCACUUUCUACUUACGAGGAUCUUAUUUAUAACAAAGAUUUUUUAGACUGGCUGCUUCGUUUUAUUAACCGUUUCGCUAUGAAGCGCAGGACGGCCGCACUGAGACACGCAGCACUGUGAACGCCGCUCCGCUGGCCGCCUCCGCGCCGCAGCGGCAGGUCCAAACUCACCCGACACCGCGGACGGGUCUCGCGUGUCCCCGGCACGAGCGGACGCGGACCGUGCGCCGAGCUGCCGGCAGCGUCCCCGCCAGCGGGCCUUGGGGCCCGGCCGCCCGCACAGUGCGUCUCCCGGGUCCAGCAGCCCGACUGCAAAACGCGUAGCCACUGCUCUUUGAUACCUGUCCAACUACAGAAUGUACCUGAGGAUUUUCGUUACCGAAAACCGACUUCCCUUUCUGCCAGCUCAGCUUAGCUCUCCUUGAAUGUACAGCCAGAGCCUUCUGGGUUCGAAACCCCUGUGAUUUGUCCCAGCUUUCUGCUAGUCGAACGCUGUAUCGAGCAGUUGCCAUCCGAGUAGGAAGCCAAGCCACAGUCCAUCCCGUGAAGUCACCAAACCACGUCACUAAGUAAUGUCUGCAAAUUUGGAUAUGGCCUUUGCAAAAUUCAACUUUCCUCUGAAAGGAGAGUCCACAGCCAAGGCGUGAUCUGUACAGUUCCCAGUGCUGAUGAGAUGGAUGUUCACAUUUUCUUAUGUGUAGAUAGUGUAAAACAGAGGCGAAUGUAAAUGUUCAACAUAAAAAGUGGAUAUAUAAAAUUGAAAGUUAUUUAUUUAUGUAGAGGAAAAAAAAUGUCUGGAGGGACUGGAACCUUCAGGGUUUAUUAAUAUUUAAAAAUGUAGCUUUUUUUGUUUCAGGCAUUAUGUACAAAGCAAUUAUUUUAUGGACCAAGUUUAAUGUAACUGUCAAUGAAUGCAGAAGUGCAAUAUUACUCUCACCUCUCCAUCACUCCAUGUUUCAGCAGAUACUGACCAGUCAGGCUGACAAUCAUAGCCCCCUCGUCUCCAUCCUCUGUUGAGCUCCUUGAAGCUUCCCCAGGUCCCUUCUUUACCCCUGUCUAUAGCCAUUGUACGAAUCCAACACGGAGACGCAAUUGUAGAGCAGGACCUUUAUUGCUGCAAUAAUACCAGAUGACGUGGGUGUAGUCACCAGGAAAAAUGCCCGUGAGUUUUCUCCACCUAUUUGGUCCAUCACAGUCUCCAUCGGUCUACCUUCAGCCACCCCAUCUGGCGCUCAUCUGUCUGAAGCAAAGAUCAACGUACUACUCACUCAAAGAACAAUAGCAAUAGUUUAACUCUUUGUGUUUAUAACCUGUUUGUUCCGACGUGUUUGGGAGAGCAAUGCAUGUGAACCGAUGCCUUUCCAAGCGUGCGCAAGAGGAGUCGUUCGGAUGCAGUGAGGGCAAGAUGAAUGUACACUCCAUCCUCGCUAAAGGGGCACUGUCAGGUUAAAGACCUAAUUUAUCUUUGUUACAAAUAACUUGUUUGCUUUGAACUGAAAGACUAUUAAAAGUUUCUUGUACUGCU